AAAACAACUAGGAAACUGUCUAUUUAAAGACAGGUCACUCAAUAACAACAGAAAAAGGGAUGGGUGUACAGCUGCUGAAGUAAAAGUCUAAGUCUAGAUAAUAAGUUCAAGACAAAAGAAUAUGGCAGUCAUUGCAGAUUCCAGGAAGGACUCAUAUCAAUACUCAACAGAUGUACAGUCAUCAGUCAAGAAGAAAAUUCAGUGCAACCAUGGAUUGAAGAUGUUCAUCCUAGCCCUGUCAUUCAGCUUUAUUUGCAAAUCUCUAGGAGGAGUGCUCAUGAAAAGUUCCAUCACUCACAUAGAAAGAAGAUUUGGCACAACAUCAUCUGAAGCCGGAUUAAUUGAUGGAAGUUUUGAAUUAGGCAAUUUACUGGUGAUUACACUGGUAAGUCAUUUUGGAGCCAAAUCACACAUUCCACGGUUAAUUGGAACUGGAUGUGUCAUUAUGGGAAUUGGAAGUUUUAUAAUUGCAUUACCUCAUUUCUUCAUGGGAUAUUACAAGUAUGAAUCAGCAUUAAACGUUAAUCCAUUUGAGAACUCAACAGUAGCCUAUGUUCCUUGCUCAACUGAUCUCAAUUCAAUCGGCAACAAUAAAUCAUCCGACAUAUUAGAGUCAGGUUGCAAAACUAAAUCUGGUUUGCCCACAUGGAUAUAUAUAAUGAUGGGAAACAUGUUGCGUGGGAUUGGGGAAACUCCAAUUGCAACCCUGGGAAUCACAUACAUUGAUAAUUUUGCUAAAGAAGGACAUUCAGCUUUUUACAUAGGCAUUUUGCAUUCGUUGGCAAUGGUUGGCCCAAUAAUAGGUUUUCUGCUGGGAUCAUUAUGUGCAAAACUAUAUGUGGACAUUGGAUAUGUAGACCUAAGCACUAUAACAAUAAAGCCAAAUGAUACCCGUUGGGUUGGUGCUUGGUGGCUCGGCUUUGUCAUAUUGGGAAUACUUAGUAUUGCUGCUGGAACACCAUUCUUUUUCAUUCCUAAGAGUCUGAAGAAAGGAAUAAAGGAAAGAAAAAUUUCAGUAUCUUCGGAAGCACCUAGUACCAGUGAAAGUAGAAGGCAAAGGGAGAAUUUAAAAAACCUUAAACCAACAAAGGAGUCUAAAGAAUUGGCAGGUUUUUUAUAUUCCUUGAAACGUAUCCUGGGUAACCGGAUGUAUGUUAUCUACUUGAUUGUGUCAUUCCUCAACUUUAGUGCCUUUAUUGGCUAUAUUACUUUCAUGUCAAAAUAUUUAGAGCAACAGUUUUCACAGUCAGUGUCUAAAACCAACUUUUUACUAGGAGUAACAAGCAUGCCUGUAAUUGCUAUUUCAUUUUUAUGUGGAGGAUAUAUUUCUAAAAAAUUCAAAUUAAGCAUCCUUGGAGAUGCCAAAAUAUUCAUCUUUACUCAGAUUUUAAAUUUUGCUAUUCACAUUACACUUUUUUUAUUCACCUGUGAAAGAAGACCUGUAGUUGGCUUAACAGUAACUUAUAAUGGGAGUCAGCCAGAGACACAUCCUCCAAACAUCUCAUUCUCUUUCUGCAACUCAGACUGUAACUGUGAUGCCAAUCUAUGGGAUCCUGUCUGUGGGGAUGAUGGACUCACUUACAUAUCUCCUUGUUUGGCUGGAUGUAAAUCUUCAGUAGGCCAUGGAAAUGACUUGGUAUUUCAUAACUGUAGCUGUGUUGCUGCUAAUAAUCUCCUCUCUAGAAACACCUCAGCUCAUUUGGGUGAAUGUCCAAGGAGAGAUGAUUGUUCCAGAAACUUAAUUUAUUUUAUGGCAGUGCAAGUUUUGAGUUCUUUUUGCUUUGGAUUAGGAGGUACUUCUUCAAUAAUGCUGGUUUUUAAGAAUGUUGAGCCUGAACUGAAAUCACUUGCAAUAGGUUUUCAUUUCCUGGUUAAUCGAAUAAUAGGAGGAAUUUUAGCCCCCAUCUAUUUUGGAGCAAUGAUAGAUAGAACAUGUCUGAAAUGGGCCACCAAUAAAUGUGGAGGUAAAGGAUCUUGUAGAAUAUAUGAUUCCAUGUCAUACAGCCUAACAGUGAUUGAAAAAGCAAAAAAUUACAAUGAACAACUAUUAAAAAAUAAAUUGAAAACUCCUCUAAUUCUUUGGGGACAUAAUACAUGAAUGUUAGCUAUAAUGAUCACAUAUAUAAUCCGAGAUUCACAGUCCUCAUCAUAAGGCUUCUCCUGACAGAAACUUUUCUGUAAGUUCUAUUACUACCAAUCAAAGGUAGAAAAAAAGAAGUAAAAUAUGGAGGCUUUUGUUUUCAUUUUCUGCCUCUUUUUCAUGGUUCUUACAAGUCUAUAAUAGAAGCAAGUUGCAUAAAAGUCUUUAAGGCUGUCCAGUUUUCUGGUCCCAACUCUUAUUUUUAUGAAAGAUGAUGACAAAACCUCUAAAGGCCUCUUCUCAUCUCCUGAUACAGAUUGCCUUUCUUUAAUUCUUCCUUUUUUCCCCUCCUAUUCCACCAAUAAUCAGUCUCAUCAUCUACCAUGCAUGCCAUCCAAUAAAUAUCCUCUUAGUCACUCAUAUGAGAGGAAGAGAAGGAAUGGAAAAAAAGACAACCUGAACAAAUAGAUCUGUUUGAUUAAAAGCUCUAGUUCAUCAUAUUUAUUAACUUUUCUUUUAAAGCUUGUUCCAGAUGCAAAUGAGCUAGUUUCCUAUAGGAGUUAAUUCAUGACAACAGAUAAAUUCAUGGAAAGAAUAUGCUUUGUUUACAAGAACAGAAAUUCAUAAACUGAUUUUAAACUAUCCUUUUUUAAGAAGAUUCUAUAGUCUGUCUGAGACAUUGAGAUAGGGAUUUAAAUGUAAUUCUAAUUUAAUAGCAUUCUAAUUUUAUUAUUCCUAUAAUUAAUAAUUCAUCAUAAAUCCUCUUGAAUACUUCU